AUGUCUGAACAACCAGCGGCAGCGGGAAAAGUCCACAACGGGUUCGGAGGACGACGAAAAUUUAAAAAAUGGAAGUCGCCUUUUUGUGUGCUUUUACUGUGUAUGUCAUCUGUUGUUGUGAUAUAUUUUUAUGCUAUUUCCCGCUCUGGUAAGAAACAAAGUAGUGCCAUGGUAUUUACAAUUUAUCAGAGUGAAUAUGUGAGUCGAGCUAAUAUAAAUCACUGGAUGCUCGCUGUGAGUCAAAUAAAUGAAAUUAUUGCGCAUAAUUUACAAGGCGAAGCAGACGUUAACGCGCGAACGCUACAGAAUAGAGUUGCCAUCAUACGACUUCAAGUUUCGAAAGAGAAGCAAAAUUUCCUCAAACUGAGAAAUAAAGUAUUUUUUAUACAAAUGCGGUUAAAGCAAAGUCCUUAUGUCCGCCUCACUCUUAGCGCGUUGUCAAAGCUGUAUGACUGUAGUUUUUACUUUGAAAACGAACACAGGUAUGGUUCUAGCACGAAGUCUUCAACUGAGAUUGUCGUAAAUCAUGAGAUCUUCGCAGACGGCGGUUUUGAAAAAAGCUAUUCCAAGAUGUAUAAUUUGAGUGAAAAAAUUCUGGAAAUUUGUAAUUGUUCAUUGAGAGAGGAGGAAGUGAUUGAUUUCUCUAAAACUGUUUUAGUCUAUAACAGAAAAAAAACGAGGAGAAUUAUAGAUGCAGAUAUUGAAAGAUUGGAGAAUCUGCUGACUCGUGAAAAAUCAGGAACAAAAAAAAACGAUUCUUUAUUGAAAAAUUUAAAAAGAUAUAAAGUUCAAAACAAGUUUAUCGAUGAUCAAAACGCAUGCGUACAGUUUUGCACGGUGUCUAGACCUUACAAGGCGAUAAUUUCUCCGCACGGGGCGCAAUUUGCGACAUUUUUUGCAACUUAUCCAGAAACGUUGAUAAUUGAAGUCAUUCCUGGAUUUUACAACACUCGAGGAUUUAACAAUUACAUCAGGCAUUCUAUUCGUAAUCGAUGGUUUUUAGUUCAUGUUGGAGAAAGUGCUGUGAUAGAAUGUAACUCUAAUAUCGUUGAGGAUUGCUACGAAAAAUUUAUCACAAAAACGAAUUCUAUUGGUUGUUUUAGUCGAAAAUGUCAACACGAGACUAAAAAUGUUCGUCAGUUACGUUUAAGUGAUCGCGUCCUGUACAAUAUUAGUAGUGUUAUGCUUUCUUCAUGA